CUUGGGAGGGAUAGCGAUCCAGGCUAAGUGGGUUCCACCCACUUCGCGGUGUUGUCUAGUCCCCCUAAGCCACAUGGCCAGGUAUAUCCCCUUUUGGCAUCCACUGAUAACCCCCCUAUCCCCUUAGCAACUCCACCGCCCAUCCCAGCAGGCCUCGGAGGCCAUGGGCGGUCGCGGCGGGCUAUUCGCCGCCGGCCAUCCAGGUGCUGAACCUCGAUCUCGCGGUGGUCAACGUGCUGGGCGUGGCUGCCGGGGUUCACGCUCUGGCCAUUCCUGUCGGGCCCGCCGCUGGCGAUGCCGCUGCGGCUGCCCCCGCCGGUGUUGCCGCGGGCAGUGCCAGGCGCCCCACUGCCGCCUGCGGCGGGGGGCGUUCGGGCUGCGCUCGCGCCCGCCGCCCCAGGGGUCCUGGUUGUGCCAGCGCCCACUGCCGCCACGCCUGCUGCUCCAGCCGCUGCCGCAGCCGCGCGGCCCCCGGCACUGCCGCCGGUUGCACCGCCGCUUGGCCUGGCGGCUUCUGGGGUAGGAGCGGCGCCACCCGACACGAGGAUGAUGGUCGCCAGCUGUGACAUGCUGGGCCAGCACCACACCAGUUUCAGAGGGAGCGCGCUGCAGCUGGUAGACCAUCGUUGGCCAGAUGCGAGGCUGACUGGUCUACGGACCUGCCUGUGGGCAUGCCAUCCCAUCUGGGAGAACGGUGGCAGGUCGCUCGCAGGCACACGCUGUUCAAGACGAUGCUCCGCCUUGCGAACGCCGACAUGGGGGCGGUGGAGCAUGACGAAUGCUGCCGAAUCGUGCGAGAUGGCGUCUGCUGUGAUCAAUUGGGCGUAGCAUCGAUAGCCUCAUUUUAGGUCGUUUGCCGCCCCCUGCAGGUGCAAGAGAAGAGGCACCACCACUAGUUAUCUCAACGCAGAGAACGGCGACGAGAGCUACGACCAAGCCAGCAAGCUGGCGCGCUUGACAAACGUGUUGGGCGACAUGGACAUUUCGCGGUCGUCCGGAAGUCGAUUGCGCGCAUGCUGACCGUCUACAACCAGAAGCAGAAGGCGGAUGCUCGCAAGGACUCGGCAAGAGGAACAGGGAGUUCUGGAGGGAAGGUGUCCUCGAGGUGUUUCGCCCUCUUCGGGCUCCUAGGGCCCUCCCCAGCCGCAUGACAUUCAAAACGAUUCAGUCUUGGAGGCAUGCCAGGGGCCAAGCUCCCCUUGCCAGUAGGACUCCUUUUCCGUCAUGCCGAAAGGAGUGCAAGGGCAAGAAGUACGUCCCCCUGGACCUGAGGCCGAAGAAGACACGUGCGUUGAGGCGCGCGCUCAAAACGGAGCAGAAGAUCGCCAAGACUGCGAAGGAGAAGACACGCGCGAGCAACUUUCCCAUGCGGCGUUUCGUUGUGACCAUGUGAACUGGGAUAGGUGCGGGCGAAGUCCGACUUGCGAGUUGUGCAGGUCAACGUGGUGUUUGCAGCAGCGUUCUAUCCGCCUUCCUUGUGCUCCUCCUCUUCCCGUUCCCUCACCCCCCUCCCAUGCUCCC